CAGCAUCAUCAACCAUCCAUCUCCACAACCACCAAAACAAUGGCAGGUAGCCAACGCCUUCCUCUUCACACCCAGAUGCUUAUGCCCCGGGCCGGCAUAAACCGAGCAUUCGCACUUCUCUACUCUUGUGCCAUCUUAGCUCUACUCUAUCACCAUUUCAUUGAUCUACUCCAGUCCACCUCCAUGGUCCCCAUCUUCCUUCUUCUGGCUGAUUCAAUCCUAGCUUUCAUGUGGGUGACCGCACAGGCUUUUCGCAUGUAUCCAACCCAUCGUCAGGUUUUCAUCGAACACCUUGAGCAUUACGUCAAGGAGAGUGAUUAUCCGGGGCUGGAUGUGUUUAUAUGCACUGCUGAUCCAUACAAGGAGCCACCUAUGGGUGUGGUGAACACAGCUCUUUCUGUGAUGGCAUAUGAUUAUCCAAUAGAGAAGUUGUCGGUAUAUGUAUCGGAUGAUGGAGGUUCCAAGUUCACCCUCUUUGCUUUCAUGGAGGCUGCUAGGUUUGCCUCCCACUGGCUGCCUUAUUGCAGGAAGAACAAGGUUGUGGAGAGGUGUCCAAAGGCACAUUUUGGAUCCUCCAACCCCUCCAGGUUCCCAGAGACCGAUCAGAUUAAGACGAUGUAUGAGAGCAUGAGAGUGAGGGUGGAGAAUGUGAUAAAGAGAGGGAGCAUCAGCCAUGAUUAUAUCACCAAGCAAGGAGAAAGUGAAGCUCUCAGCAGAUGGACAGAUGGAUUCACUCCUCAGAACCAUCCUCCAGUAGUUCAGGUACUAUUAGAAUAUGGCAAAGACAACGAUGCCACUGGCCAUGGGAUGCCAAACCUUGUGUACAUCUCCAGAGAGAAAAGCACAGAUUCUCCCCACAAUUUCAAGGCUGGUGCCCUUAACGUCCUGCUCCGAGUAUCAGCCAUCAUGACAAAUGCACCAGUGAUCCUAACCCUGGAUAGCGACAUGUACUCCAACGAUCCACAAACGCCUCUGCGGGCGCUGUGCUACCUUUUAGAUCCUUCCAUGGAUCCAAAACUAGGGUACAUUCAGUUUCCUCAGGUUUUCCAUGGGAUCAACAAGAAUGAUAUCUAUGGUGGUGAAAUGAGGCAUGUGUUUGAAGUUCAUAUGCCUGGAAUGGAUGGGCUAGCCGGCCCCAUACAUGCAGGUUCUGGAGGUUUUUUCCGGCGAAGAGUCUUCUAUGGUUGCCCAUCUGAAACCCCAGAAAUGAACCAGGGUCGGCAGGUUAGCCAUUCAAUCAAGUCUAGAGAGGUUUUGGCAAUGGCACACCAUGUCGCAGGCUGCAAGUAUGAGAACCAAACCAAAUGGGGCAGAAAGAUGGGCUUUAGGUAUGGCUCUUUGGUUGAGGACUUGUACACAAGCUGUCUGAUGCAAUGUGAAGGAUGGAAGUCCAUUUAUUGUAAUCCUAAAAGGCCUGCAUUUCUAGGGGAGUCACCCAUCAACCUCCAUGAUUUUCUGAAUCAAACCAUGAGAUGGUCAGUUGGCCUUCUUGAAGUUGCCUUCUUCAGAUAUAGUCCAAUCACCUUUGGAGUCCGAUCAAUAAGCCUCCUUUCAGGGCUAUGUUUUGCUCAUUAUACCUUCUGGGGCAUUUGGGGGAUUCCGUUCACCAUCUAUGCCUUUCUCCCCCAGCUAGCUCUGCUCAAUUCUGCCUCAAUAUUCCCAAAGAUAUCAGAUCCUUGGUUUUUGUUAUAUGUGGUUCUUUUCCUUGGAGCCUAUGGACAAGACUAUCUUGAGUUUCUAUUAUCCGGCAGGCCGACACAGAGGUGGUGGAACCACCAGAGGGCGUGGUUGAUGAGGGGACUAUCGAGUUUCACGUUCGGGUUGGUUGAGUACUUGCUGAAGUAUGUUGGCAUUUCCACAUUUGGGUUUAAUGUGACCAGCAAGGUGGUUGAAGAAGAACAAAGCAAGCGAUACCAGAAGGGGAUCUUCGAGUUUGGAGUCCCAUCCCCGAUUUUCUUGCCGCUAACCACAGCAGCAAUAAUCAACUUGGUCGCAUUCCUAACCGGCUUCGCAAAAGCCUGCAGGCAAAGAAGCAUAGAAGAUGUGUUUCUUCAAAUGUUCUUGGCUGGUUUUGCAGUGGUGAACUGCUGGCCAGUAUAUGAAGCCAUGGCCUGGAGGAGAGACCAAGGGAAAUUGCCUCUGAAAAUCACUGUGAUUUCUGUAGUUCUAGCAUGGGCUCUCUACUCAGCAUCCUCUAUGGCAUUUUGACUUGUCUCUAUAGAAUUGUUUUCGAGUUCUAGUCUGUACUGUUUACGUUACCUUGUACUCCUUGAUGAUAUUAAUAAACUAGCAAUCAAUCUCUAAACUACUCCACUCAA